UUACACCAUUUCCUUCCACCGUCUUUCGUGCAAAUCUAGCCACUCUUUUGCCAAAUUAUUCUAUUUUCUUUUAUUGACUCAGAAACAAUAUCAGCUCAGUUUUUUUGUUUCAUUCACCUUAUUUAUAUGGUUUUGUUAGAAACCUUUUUUUUUAAUUAACAAUCUGUCAAUAAAAUAAUAAAUAAAUAAAAAGUAAAUAUUAAUUGAUUAUUUAAAAAAUGUUCCUUUUUUUUUGUACUACGUGGCCUGCAGUUAAUCAGAGAUUGAAGCAAAUCCAAACAGGAGGUAAGAAGUUAAGAGAAACAGAAAACAUAGGAAACAAUUAUCUAGUAUGUAGUAGUACUAGGAAUCUAAGAUAUUUUUGUUUGUCAGGGUAUUACUAUGACAUUCUACUGACUACUAGGUCUAGCAGGGCCGAAUCAUGGGCUUGGGCUUUAAAAAGUGAAAAGAGAAUAAAAAUAUGGCUGAUAUGCAAUGGGAAGUGGUUGUAAACUCCAGAUUCCAGAAAUCCACGUGCGGCUUAAAAUGAUUAGUAUGAGUAUUGUGUAGAAGAAUACUAGAAUGUGUUCAUUGUGUUGUGAAGAUAGAUAGUCCUGAGUCCUGAGUCCUGAGCAUUAGUCUCAUGUUAUGAAUGGUAUGCAAUUGGAAACUCUCUGACUCAAUGCUGUUGGUGUAGAGCUCUCAGGACUCAACCAUGAUUACCACUGCUGCACCAACCACUACUAUUCCCCACCAGCAACCACCACCAAAUUCCAUACCCUUCAAACGCAAGAGACUGAUACCUCUCACCUGCUUCUUUUCUCUUCUUACCCCUUCCAAAUCCUCCUUUCCUUUCUCAUUCUUUCACCCCAUACUCUUUCAACAUGCCAAUGCUCUCCCCAUCUUUUCUCACUCUUUCCCUUCUCUUCCCCAUCACAGCCCUUGCUCAAAACAAUGCAGAAACUACCUGCCAGAAUACAAAUUAUCAGAUUUUCCUCCCUCCACCAUACCAAAAUAUAUCCUCUACCAUAUGCAAGCCUGUUUGGAAUACCUAUGAAAUGAGGUACACCAAGAAUGGUGAUAUCACAACUAUCAUACUAUCUGCUCCCUACACCGUUGGGUGGGUGGGAAUUGCAUUUUCCAGAAAUAGUUCCAUGGUUGGUUCAAGCGCAAUGGUGGGAUGGAUUAACAAGCAUGGUCACACUAAAAUCAAGCAGUUUUAUCUAAAGGGUAAGAAGCAAUCAGAAGUUAUAGCAGGCAAAGGCGAACUACCUCUAAAUACUGUGUCUCCUGCUGUUGCCACAAAUGGAGCUGAAAUUUAUUUGGCAUUUCAGCUCAAAACGGAGAUUCCAUAUAGAAAGCAGCCGAUUUUAUUGGCCUUUAGCACUAAGACUCCACAAAAUCACCACCUCUCAAACCAUGAUGACAGAACAUCCAUCAUAUUUGAUUUUUCUUCAGUGGCAGGUCCACAAGAUCCAGCAUCAGAUGGGUUGAUUCAGAUGAGGAGGAACCAUGGAAUAGUGGGAAUAAUAGGAUGGGGACUAAUCCUUCCAGUAGGGGCAAUUGUUGCCAGAUACUUGAGGCACAAAGAUCCCCUUUGGUUUUAUCUCCAUUCAGUUAUUCAGUUUGUUGGAUUUGCAUUUACACUAGGCACAGUCCUUCUUGGAAUACAGCUCUACAACAACAUGCAUGCUCACAUACCAGCUCACAGAGGCAUAGGCAUCUUUGUCCUUGUGCUAACUAUUCUUCAGAUACUGGCAUUCUUCUUGAGGCCAAACAAGGAUUCCAAGUAUCGGAACCUUUGGAAUUUGUACCACAGUUGGUCUGGAAGAAUGGCACUUUUCUUUGCAUCCUUGAACAUAGUACUGGGAAUGCAAGCGGCUGGGGCAGGGAGUGAUUGGAAGAUAGGUUAUGGAUUCCUUGUUAGUAUCAUAAUCAUUGCAAUUGUGGUUUUGGAAGUAUUGGCAUAUUUGAAAAGGUCAGAGAAGCGUUCACUUCAUGCAAGUUUCCAAAUGGACUCAGUUCCAGAUCCUUCCUUUCCAAAUAAUUUUUCCAAAGGGUGAAUGAAUCCUUUACUUGCAGUGUCAAAUGUUCCCAUUCAAGCACAAGCAGGCUAUGGAAUAUGAUCAAUGGUCUGUAAUUGUUGACCUAUUCUUGAUGUAUAUAUUCAAACAGCUACAAGUUUGACAAGGUGCAGCAAUGUUAGGCUUCCUCACUUGAAUUUGGUUUGUUUUUGUGAUUGAGUUUUCUGCUAUUGCUUGGUCAGAAAUGUAAUAUUGUGUUUACAAAGCUCUUUUGGCUUUUUUUUUGGAUGUAAACAUAGUACAACUUAAGAAGCAGAUUGGUCAGUGAUAAUGUAUAAUCAUUGUUCGGAAGCAAUAACAUAUAUUGCUUUUGUUUUGUUGAAAACCUUUCCUCUAAACAAUUGGGGAAUUAUGUAGUUCCGAUGCUGCAUUAAGAAAUGACGAAUUUGAUUACCA